AUGGAUUUCCUGUUUGGGAAUCACAAGGGCGAGGAGCGCUUCACCUUCAAUGUCCAGGUUCAGUGCGUGCAGCCAUGGGUGCAGCUGAAAAGCAAGGGCAGAGCGGAAGACAAGCCGGCGGGGCUGGUCCUCAAGUGGAACAGGGACAACAAGCGAUCAGGCACCAGCAAGGUGGCCUUUGUUGAACCUGGUGACGUCAGCAGCGAUGAGGAAGGUGCAGCGGCAGGGGCCAUUCACUUCAAUGAGCUGUUUGAGAUACCUGCCACAUUGCAUAAAGAGCAUGCCGCGCACAAGAGCCCGAGCAGAGGUGCUGACGGGGACAGUCACAUCUGGCAGAAGAAGACCAUCAUUUUGACACUGCACGAUGCCGCAAGCGACGGGCAGCCAAAGGAGCCGCCGCUGGGCCGUGGGGUGCUGGACCUCGCGGAAUUUGCAGCUGGGGGGAGUGAUGUCAUGCCGGUGGGGAAGUUUCUGAAGAUCCGGCUGGCUGUAAACAAGCAGAUUGAGAAGGCAAAUGGCGGUCAGGCUAUCCACAUUGAGGCAACGGUCACGUGUUUGAGCGCCAAGGCCAAGAAGGCAGUGGUUCUUGAGAAGUCGAUGAGUCUGAGGCAGGAGAAGCCAAAAGCUGAGCUUAAGAAGGCGAAGUCGGCGCUGAGCAAGCCAGCGGCCGCUCCACCGGAAGCGGUUGACCAAGAUUUGAUAGACUCGCUGAUGGAAAGCGAAGAUGAAGGCAGCGACGGGGAACUGAGCAGCCAGCCUGGGAGGCAGAAUGGAGCUAGAAAUGGACAGCGGGAAAGCAGAGCGACUGCGGAGGGGGACGGUGAAGAAGUAGAAGAUGACGAAGAGGAGGUUAGAAAACGAAAAGGAAGCGCUGCCGAUGAUGCAGAUGACGACAGUGAUUUGGACUUCAUGACGGAGGAUGACUUUGAAGCCGUGGAAACACCCAAGCCAAAAAGCCCGUCCCGAACGGCCAGCGUUGCACGCACUCCCGAAAUACGCACGCCUACAAAGCCUGCAAGCACUCCUAAUGGGAGCACCCCUAUCAUUCCUGCAAGCACGCCAGAUAGAAGCACCUCUAAAGCCCCACCCAGAAGUCAGACGACAGGUGCUUCAAGCAAUACAGAAGUGCAAAAAGGUGCAAAGUCGAGCCAGGAAGCAAAAGCUUUACCGGAGGCCUCAGCAAAAGCUGCACUUUCGAAGUCCGCCAUGCAGCAGGGCGCGAUGCCACCGCAUCCAGAUUAUGGCGAGGGAGUGAGCGAUGGGGCAGUAGUAUCAGCGGCGGUGGGAAAGGCGGGUAUGGCCAUGCCGCAGGGGAAGCCGAUUGCGUUAAAGAACAAGCCAGGCACAGAAAAUGCAAAGAUGUCAAUGGCUGUUCUGGAUGCCGCAGAAAAGGUCAGGCUGGCGCAAGAGCGAGCGACAACAGCUGAGUCACGGGUUUUGAGGUUAGAGGGGGAGCUCCGGGACUGUGCCGCGCUCGAGGUGGCCAUUCACACCGCUGUGUCCGUCCACGGGCAAACCGCACACAAGCUGCACACCCCGGCCCGGCGGCUGGCACGCGCGUACAUCCAGGCACGGGGAAACGGGCUCUGGCCCCCAGAGAUUGCAGCGGGAACGGCUCGGAACAGCGUCUCGGGACUGAUUCUAGCGGCCCGGGCAUGCGGGGACGACGUCGGGAGGCUCGUCUACUGGUGGUCGAACUGUGUUGUGUUGCGGGAGAUGGUUGCGGCCGGGUUUGACAUCGAGAUGCGGAUUGCAGAGGAGAGGAAACGAACGGAGACGUCAGCAGCCGCGCCCGCCCCCAAGGUCUCAGCGGAGAUCCUCGAAGCGGAGCGGAUGCUCAACCGGAGCUCCGGAAAGGCAGCCCCAUCCCGAGACACCCCGCCCGCGAAACCCGGCGUGAACAAAGGGGACGACUCAGCCGGUAGUUCCGCUCCGGACGCGGGCAAAGGCAAAUCGGGAUGGAAAACCGCGGCGGGUUACUGCGACGCGCUGAAGAAAACGGAGGCUUGGAUUUGCGGAAAGGUUCUGCAGCUCCUGUGGUGGCGCGUGAUGAACCCGCCCAUGCAGCCCGGGUACCGGAGGAAGGCCGAGGUCCGUACCGGCGCUGACGUCAGCACGCCGCCGCUGAAGAAGACGGAGCUCGUGAUCGACGUCAGCAAGGUGCCGGUCGGGAGGACGGACCGGGCCCCUCCUUCCAAGGGCCCGAAGGUGGACAAGAAGGGGCAGAUCAUCGGGAGUAAUGGGAAGGUUGUUGGGUUUCGGAGCAAAUUGGACAAAGCGAAAGGCCCGGCGAGUCCGUCGUCAGGUGAAGCGUCCGAAAGCGCUGACGUGUCCGAGUCGGAUUCGCCGUCCACGAGCGGUGUGAAAACUCCGGCGAGCUCGCGAACGAGGAGGUCUGCGCCGACGGAAGACGGCGUGAUCGGAGGGGGCGAAGCUAGCCCCAGCGGACGCACCGAGAACGGACACGAAAACGGCAGUGGAAGCGGAAACGGAAAGGCGAACGGAAGCGGUAUCGGUGUAAGUGGGGAGAAAAGGCAAGGGAGUCGGGGGGGUCAGGGUUGCGAGGAGAGUCCACUGGAGUGUGUUGAGCUGUGGAAGGGGGUACUACUCGAGGUGGAGAAACUGUGUUGUCCCGCGCGCGCGGAGGGGCGCGAGUGCGGCUGCCUACACGUGUUGACACAACAGGUAUUAGACCACUGCAUCGCACGGCUGGACGUCGCCCUCUUCAAUGCGUUGCUGCGGGACCCCAAGAUCGACGGGCCCACGGAUCCCAUAAGCGAUCCCCUCACCGAGCCGAGCGCGCUGCCCAUCCCCGCGGGAAAGCUCACGUUUGGAGGGGGCGUCCAGCUCAAGAUCGCCAUCAAGGCCUGGUCCGAAUGGCUGCCGCAGCUCCUCAGCGGAGAGCUCCUGAACGGAACGGAAUGCGGCUCCGCUUCGCCCUCCUCAGCACCUCCCGGAGCGGAACCGUCCCCUUACCUGCGCGCCGCUGCGGACCUGCUGAUGCUGCCAAAGGAGAUGCUCAUGGACCGGGCCGUCAGAAAAGAGGUGUGCGGGCCUUUGACGCUUCCGUUGAUCCGACGCGUGCUGUACCUCUUCGUGCCGGACUACCAUGCGCCGGAACCUGUCCCAGCCUCUCUUUUAGCAGCCUUCAACGCGGAGGUUUCAAUGGAGAAGCGGCGCAAGGGCGAGGCCGACAUGGGCCCCUCCUAUCUGUACAACGCGCCCGCCGCGCCCUGCACCUAUGUGGCCGCGCCGUCGGCCCCCCUGCGCGUGCGCUUCGGCAAGGAUUGCGACGCGGCCGCGGCGCUCGAUGCGCGCGGCUACUCGAGCGACGACGAAGUGGACCAAGCGGAGCGACCGUUGCAGCUCUUGGUAGAAGGGCUCGGGGGAAAGGGGGAUCCCCCGGGCAACGAGACUGGGGGGAGUGACCAGAUUAGGGUAGAGAUCCAGGAUACUUUAUUGAAGGAGGCGGAAGGGGAGUCGGUGCAACGGUACCAGCUUCUAAGGAGGACGUGGCAGCCCAUUAGAUAA